GUUAAGGUUGGUUGUUGGUUCAAGAUGUCGUCAACGGUUGGAAAGUCUCGUCUCGCCUUCUCCCGAACAUGGCACUACGUCGACGUCGGCAGUGACCCUCGCAGUCUAGGUCGGGUGGCCUCCUCCAUCGCCCUGACCCUCAUGGGCAAGAACAAGCCCAUCUAUGACCCUUCCACGGACUGCGGCGACUACGUCGUCGCCGUCGGCUGUCACGAUCUCCGCGUCACCGGCAAGAAACGGUUCCAGAAGAAGUACUACACCCAUAACACUCGGCCCGGUAGUCUGCGCAGCAUGACCAUGGACAAGAUGUUUGAGAAAUGGGGUGGCGGGGAGGUGCUUCGUCGGGCUGUUCGGGGGAUGUUGCCGAAGAACCGGUUGAGGGAUAAGAGGUUGGCGAGGUUGAAGACUUUCGAAGGUCACGCGCACCCCUACAAGGAGAAUAUCGUCAAGAUCAACGGACAGUCGGUCAUUGGAAACCUUCCUGAGGUGAAGGAGGCGUUCAAGGCGGCUAAGUCGGAGGCGGAGACUUCGGCUUAGGUGUCUUGUUGUCGUCGCUUGCUAUUGCGGUAUCCUGUACUUUUACCUAUCAUUGAUAUUUGUUCUCUGUCUGUAUGACUUGCUAGCGCAUGGGUGGGAGUUUUGUUCUCUUUUUUGUGUGAUAUAUUACCAGCUACAACAUUGUCUUUUUACUUAGGGAUGUAUGAUGUGUCUACUUGAUCUGCGCUGAUGCAAUUGUAUCAUAAAGUGAUAUGCUAUACCCUAACUAAGACCUAUAUACAUGUGCCAGA